CUAGCUCGUGACACGCAACUGCGCAAGCCCACCAUUUCCUUUCUCUUCUUCUACUCCUCCGGCGAUUCGCCGAUGUUCUUACCCCUCGCCGGCCGCCGUAUCCUCAUUCUUCUCCUCCUGGUCCAGCUCCUGGCGCCGCUUCGCUGCGCGGGGGAGUCGGCCACGUGCCUCGCCGUGUACCGCGAGGGCGGCGCGCCCGCGGUGUACCAAUCCGCGCACUGCCCCCGCUGGACCAUCCUCCCCGGCGGCGAGGGGGAUGGGGACCAAAGCUCCUCCUCCCCGCCGCCGAGGAGGUGCCACGUGUCAGCCCACCGCGGCCGCCGCCGCUCUCAGGAGGACCGGGCCGUCUGCGCGCUCGGCAUCCGCAUCCCCUUUAUAGACCAAAUGAGGAUUAAAGAGGUGCAUGUUGGAGUGAUGGCAAUAUUUGAUGGUCAUAAUGGAGCCGAGGCCAGUGAGAUGGCUUCUAAGCUCUUGCUAGAGUACCUUUUACUCCAUGUUUAUUUUCUUCUUGAUGGUAUAUACUCCAUCAUGUUCAGAAAAUCUACUGGAAAAUUGACAUACAAGGAAGUUACUAUUCUUAACAAUCUUCUUGAUGGUCAUAAUGGAGCUGAGGCCAGAGAGAGGUCUUGUUGGACAUCACCCGCUAUUCUAGACCGAUCAUUUCACAUGGAAAUUCUCAAGGAAUCAUUAUUGAGGGCAGUUCAGGAUAUUGAUCUAACAUUCUCCAAGGAAGCUUUGCAUAAAAAAUUCGAUUCUGGUUCAACAGCAACUGUUGUCUUGAUAGCCGAUGGCCGAAUCAUAACUGCUAAUCUUGGAGAUUCAAAAGCUUUUUUGUGCUCAGAAAGUCACGUUCCGUAUCGUCAAAAGAGAAAACGGAGAAGAAAGAGAAACUCAAGCAAUGAUGAGGACUUUCCUUUAGCAAAUUAUGAUGGUCCACUUCAUUAUAGUGUAAAGGAGUUAACCAAGGACCAUCAUCCCGAUAGGGAAGAUGAGAGAAGGCGUGUAGAAGCUGCUGGUGGUUUUGUUCUUGAGUGGGCUGGUGUAUACCGUGUGAAUGGCGAGCUAGCACUAUCUCGAGCUAUUGGUGACAUGCCUUUUAAACGGUAUGGUGUAAUAUCGACACCUGAACUAACAGGGUGGCAGCUUCUGUCAGCAAAUGAUAGCUUUCUUAUUGCCUCAUCUGAUGGGGUCUUUGAGAAAAUGACUAUGCAAGAUGUUUGCGACAUGAUGUUGCAUGCGAAACUUGGUGAUAACCAGGACUUUGAAUCCUUUGCUGUUGCGCAACAGAAUUUGGCGGACUAUGUAGUUCAUCUUGCUUUGCAGAAAGGCACAACAGAUAAUGUAGCAGCUGUGGUUGUUCCUUUGGGAUCUCCUAGUAGCUCUGGAGCUACAAUAGAAGAUUGGCACCAUCUUGAAGAAAAUUCCAGGACAUCUCUUUUGCCUUUACAGAGCAUUCCGUACCAACAUAAAUCUGAUGGAGUUAGUUCAGCUGUUAUUGAAAUGGAGUAUUUCAAGCGCUCAUCAACAAAGUUCCAGAGGUUCUUGGUUGAUGCAAAACAUAAGAGACUGGGCUGUUUCUACUUAUCUGAGAGUCUUGAUGAAGAUAUGGAUUAUAUAUUUAGGGUACCACAGGACUUUCAGCAUGAAGGAGUCUACGAUUUCAAUCACAUGCCAAAUGAAAAUGUGCUAUCUUCUGAUGGAAAUCUUGAAAAAUACAAGGACAGAAACUUUUGCUGGUACCUUGGCCAUCAAGAUGAUGAAAUGGGCCGGUGUAGUAGCCCUGAAGGGCUUGCAAAUUAUUUUGGCUUGCUCGACUCUGUUUCGCAUAAUCGAAGCAAAUCGAGAAGUUCACAUUCAUUUGGCUACAAGAUAGCUGACAUCAGGUACAAGCUGAAGAGAAGAUUUGAUCGUGGUUCAUAUGGUGAAGUCUGGUUGGCAUUUCGCUGGAAUUGCUCUGAUGAUGUAGAUGUACAUAAAGAUUCUUUCCACUUUAGCACUAUACUUACACCAGACUCAUAUAAUUGCACAAGUUCAAACACAACUUCGUCAUCUGAUGGAGAUCAUGUCUCAGACACAAUAGAUGGUGAUUUAUUCAUAUUGAAGCGCAUAAUGGUUGAAAGAGGAAAUGCUGCCUACUUGAGUGGAUUGCGUGAGAAGUAUUUUGGACAAUUGUUUUCAAAUGCUUCAAAAACUCUUGAAGGUUUGUCAAGAAUGGAGUCAUCAUCUACAACGUUUUCGGUGGACAUGCAUUUCAUUGAGUAUACCUUUCCAGAACAGAACAUUUCAGCUAUUGAGGAAUCACUGAAGCAUGUGGCUAGGUUUAUAGAAUCUUUUGAAUCAGAAUCAAAGGAAAUAUGGCUUGUGUACCGUAAUGAAGGAAGCUCCCUAUCAAAACUGAUAUAUGCAGCUGAAGAAACAAAGUUAGUUACUGGUAAUGAUAAUGAGAGAGUCAGACAUAUUCAAGUUCUGCAACCAUCGAAGUGGUGGUAUUGGUUAAGGACAACUAAAGCUGGACAAAGGCAAAUGCAGAACCUCUUAUGGCAGCUGCUGAUGGGUCUGAAGGCCUGUCAUGAUCGUAAUAUCACUCACAGGGAUAUUAAACCUGAGAACAUGAUCAUCUGCUUUGAGGAUUUGGAGACUGGAAAAUGUUUAAGAAAAAUUCCAUCUGAAGCAAAGGAAAACAAACUGAACAUGCGUCUUAUUGACUUUGGCAGUGCCAUUGAUGAUUUCACUUUGAAGCAUCUUUAUGGUUCAGGGCCUACUCGGUCUGAACAGACUUUUGAGUACACUCCUCCAGAGGCACUCCUUAAUUCAAGCUGGUAUCAGGGAUCAAAAAGUGCAAGACUGAAGUAUGAUAUGUGGAGUGUUGGAGUUGUCAUGCUGGAGUUGAUAGUUGGUUCUCCACAUGUUUUCCAAAUAAGUGACCAUGCGCGUAUUUUAAUGGAUCAGCGUCUUGAAGGGUGGAGUGAGCAAACAAAGGAGCUUGCAUACAAGUUGAGGUCUUACAUGGAACUCUGCAUUUUAGUGCCGGGGAUUUCCUCACAUCAAGGCAGCAGUAACUCAGAACGGGGUCACGUCGGGUUAGCUUCUUGGAAAUGCUCUGAAGAAUCAUUUGCCCGUCAAGUGAAGAUCCGAGAUCCUCUAAAAAUGGGCUUUCCUAAUUUAUGGGCAUUGCGACUAGCACGCCAGCUACUAGUGUGGCAUCAUGAGGACCGCCUAAGCGUUGAUGAAGCACUGAACCAUCCUUACUUCCAAGAACCACCAUAACCCAUAGGUGAUGAUGCGAUAUAAUCAGACAAUCUUUAACAGGUGCUCUAGUUUAACUAGCAUCCAUUUGGCGAGUUUGUUCGAAGGAAUUGUGGUUCAUGUGUAGAUAUCGGUCAGAUGUUGUAUAUAUCACACGAAAUAAAUUACAGGGUGCAACAUAGGUAGACCAAGAUUGUUGAAAGAUAGAUAAACAGUUGUAUAGGUAGAUCCAAAGUGAAGGUAAGGAAUCAGGAAGGUGUAUUUCAGGACUUCUAGCUGCACUGCAGUUAUUUGCUUGGGACA